AUGUGGAGGAGGGAACCUCGGUGCGUCUCCAUCCCUGCCAGUUUCCAGCAGGGAAAGCAGCAGCAAGCAACUCCUUCCCAGGCAUACCGGGCAACAGGCACAGAACCGUCUCAGCACAGAGAGGCACGAACCGGGGAAGGCGAGAGGAGGGACCGACGGCGGGAGGCCGGGGGGAAACAAACAACCGCCAGCUCGGAGUUACGCAGCUCCAGAACCGAACUUGCAAGAGGAGGGAGCGGGGCGCCCCGAGAGCAGGCGAAGCGCUCCACCACCCCACACCUCACCGCCCCUGGGGCCGCCGCGUUUCCCGGCUUUGCAAAAAAAAAGAGAGAGAGAAAAGCAACGCGCCCUCUGCCCGAGCGUCUCGUGGCGCACACGCCUGGCCCUCCCGGCCGGGGCAGCCGUCGAGCGGCGAGGCUGGGGGGCCGAGGCAAAAGCUGUCGGAGAGCGAGGCUGGGGGGCCGCGGCAGAGGCAGAGCUGGCCGGCCGGGGAGCGCUCGCGGGAGGGCGCCCAGGGGGGAGCCCUCGGCGGGAGCCGCCGGCCCCACAGGGAUGGCGGCGGCGACCAUCACCACCCUGCCGGUCUUGCCCGACGGCGGCGGCGGCAGCGGCACCUUCCCGCCCGGACACUUCAAGGACCCCAAGCGGCUGUACUGCAAAAACGGCGGCUUCUUCCUGAGGAUCAACCCCGACGGCCGAGUGGAUGGAGUCCGAGAGAAGAGCGAUCCGUACAUUAAAUUGCUACUUCAGGCGGAAGAGAGAGGUGUAGUGUCAAUCAAAGGUGUAUGUGCAAAUCGUUUCCUUGCUAUGAAUGAAGACGGUCGAUUGUUAGCAAUGAAAUACGUAACAGACGAAUGCUUCUUUUUUGAACAUUUGGAAUCUAAUAACUACAAUACAUAUCGGUCUCGUAAAUAUAGCGAUUGGUACGUUGCACUGAAACGAACUGGUCAGUUCAAGCCCGGGCCAAAAACUGGACGAGGUCAGAAAGCUAUCCUUUUCCUUCCAAUGUCUACCAAGAGUUGAUUUCAGUGGCUGAGCCUACAAAAUAUGCUGCGAGAGUGGUAGAUCUUCCCCUCCUCACAAGACAAAAAGAUGUGACCGAGUAUUU